AUGUCCGUUUCAGAAUUAUCUGUGGGAUGUCGUUUUGCUGAUUAUUUUGCGAUAUGCGGACUUGACUUUGAUUCUGGAUUGGAACCCGAUAGGCUCUGUGGUGACAAUUUACAUAUAUCACCGUUAGAUCGUUCGUAUAAAGGAAAAAUCCUUGCUCACUAUCCAGAUAAUAUACACAGUAAUCCUUUCGAUGAACAUGCAGUUUGUAUGCUUUGUUUGCCAGCUGGUUUGCAGUUUAGAACUCAGAAACAUUCUUUAGAACCAAAGUUUCACAGUUUUGUUGUAACAAGGGAAAAUGCAUCUCGAUAUUAUGGAUUCAGUCUCAUAUUCUAUGAAGAAGUUAGAAACAGAAACAUUUGCAGUGCAAUGCAUACUUUACAGGCAAUGUACAUCACAGAACUGUCAAGUGGACAAACACCACCUGGUCACAGGAAGAGUUCUGGAAAAGAAAGCUCUAGAUCCUUACCUCGAUCAUUUAAACUUGCCCCACACACUGGUGCCGCACUUACGUACUAUGACAUAACCAAAGAUAAAUUAUAUGUAGCUAAAAGUAUAGCUCUUAUAUGCCAAUAUCCCUAUGUUAGGGUAGCACAAUUAUUUUUAGAAAAUUUAUUCAGGUCAUUGCCAAGACAACCUGGUCCAGGACUUAGCCCCGAAUCUUAUGUCUACAACCUGUUAUAUGAAGUACCUGUACCACUUCCUGGGCAAUCCCUGCGACUGUAUGUGCCACCAUCUGAACCACAUCUUGUUCCAAUUCCAGUUGUGAUAAGAAUGCCAAAUCCGCCAGAUGAGUUACCACUUCUUGAUUAUCCUUUACGUGUGAUGUUCUCAACUAUAGGUGUUGAAUGUGUAGUGCAGUUGUUUACGUGUGUACUUUUAGAGCACCAAGUGUUAUUAAGAUCCAGUGAUUAUAACAAACUGAUGCUAGUAUCCGAGUGUAUAGUAUCGCUUUUGCUUCCUUUCUCCUGGGCUCAUGUGUACGUACCGAUUUUACCGGCGCCAUUGUAUCAUUUCUUGGAUGCUCCUGUGCCGUUUGUAAUGGGUCUUCACGCCGAUAGUGCCGCAAUUAGUAUUGGACCUAGCGGACCAAGAAACUUCGCCCUUGGCUCCGAAGCGGCACUCUGUUUAGUUGACAUCGACAAACCAGAUAUACAGCUGCCAGAAGAAUUGCCAAUUCUUCCUCAUAGAACGCCAUUUAUAGAGGAGCUAAAUCAUGUUUUAGAUAAGCAUCAGAUCCAAAGACCAGAAACAGAACAUGCAAGACUUGGAGUGCCAAUUAAUGGAACUACAUAUAAACAUAUGAAUGACGGCAUGAGUAGUAGUUGUACAUUGCCAUCGGGUGGCCUGCGACGCAAGCAUUCCUUUCACGAUGUGUUAGAGUGGGACGAAAACCGGCCUUUGAACGCGUCUCCACCUGGGUCGCCGGGAGCACCCGCGUCACCGACCCGCCGGGGCCCGCGCAGGCUCGACGCCUUGCAGCGAAUUGUCGACAUUGUCAAACGAACCGGUGUGAACAUAGAUGACGUAGACUCGGAUACGGUGAUGCCAGCGACAAAAAAGAAAACACUCAACGACGAAGAGCAGUACAACGAAGACAUUCGCUUCAACAUUGCCAUUAGAGAAACAUUCCUUAACAGAUUUGUACACAUGUUCCUUAUGUACGAAAACUUUGUGAUCAUGCCAGAUCAGGACCGAGAUUCGUGGCUAUCGUCGCGCGAGUCAAUGGUGAAUUUCGACAAAGCGUCUUUCCUUUCCGACCAGCCCCAACGGCAUCGACCGUUUCUAUCACGGUUUCUUGAGACGCAAAUGUUCGCAACGCUCAUAGACAACAAGAUAAUGGCCAACUGGGGUGAAUACGACAUCAACUUACAAGUGUUCGAGCAUCGGAUAAAAGUCGUAAGGCGUCGCUUAGGUGAGGGGGGGCUAGCGACGCGUGGGUACAGCGUGUGGGCCGGCGGGUGCGCGGGGGUAGGUGCGGGGGCGGGGGCGGGUGCCGAGCUGGAGGUGGGCGCGCCGGGCGAGCGGCUGCCGCACCGCGCCGCAUACUACCGCGCGUUCCCCGCGCGCCUCGACGCCGCUGCGCUGGCCCCACCGCCCGCCAGCGACCGCAGAACCAACAGCUUAAAACGCAUUAAGAACGCUAAGUGGCAAGUGAAAGACUGCCCGCCUGAAAUGUUACUUGGUGACAUCGGUAGGCGUUUAUCGACUGAAGUCACGCCUGCAGCCAUUGCUCAAAAUAAUAGAACUUUCGUCGAGAAACUUCUCAAGGAGUGCAAAAGCAAAACAAAACGUAUGCUCGUUGAAAAAAUGGGAACUGAGGAAUCGGAUUUGGGCCUCGGGUGCGAAGUGUCUGUGACGGGCGUCGAAGAAAACACUAUGAUCGCUUCCCUUUGUGAUCUGCUUGAGAGACUUUGGUCACAUGGUCUUCAACACAAGAUGGGCAAAUCUGCGCUUUGGAUGCAUCUCACAAACUACCAAGAGUUGGAGCAGUGUAGCAAUUCGACUAAACCAAUCGAUCCUAAUUAUCUAACUCCUGACUUAUCAUCAGUGGGCGCAGAGGUAGAAGCGCAACAGAGUAGCAGUAGUAGCAGUCGGUCGCGAGACAGUUCCCGCGGCGGAUCCAGGGAUAGUUCCCGCGAUCGCCUCAGCAACUCCGGAACUUUAGAACGAAAGUCCAAUCAGCCGCCGAAUCCAAUGCGUCCUCUGCCUGAAAGUCUUACGUUUGACAUGCGAAACGUGCAAGCAAUGACAGACAUUAAAACAGAAAUAGGGUAUGCCCGUGCCUGGGUACGUCUGUCCUUGGAAAAGAAAUUGUUAUCUAAGCAUUUGCGGGAGUUACUCGCUGAUACAACGUUACUACGUUCUCAGUAUAAACGGACAGCGUUCUUGCGAUGCGAGGAAGAGAGAGAGCAGUUCCUGUAUCAUCUACUUACACUGAACGCGGUGGACUAUCAUUGUUUCACGAACACUUAUCCAACAACGAAACUACCGUAUCGCGUGUUGAUCGUACCGUCGCGGAAAGCCAGCCAGACUACCGCCAAUUGCUGGCUGUCAAUAUCCGGCGCGAAUGGGGAAUCCACUCCGAAAAUACCCAUACCUCGCAACACCAACGAGUUUGUGUUUCAUCAUAAAAAUUUGGGUAUCCUGUCGACUCUGCGUAUUGGCCACGACAACAGUGGUUUGUCACCGAGAUGGUUGCUCGACCAGAUAUUUGUUAGAAACGAGGUUACAGGUCACACCUAUACAUUUCCGUGCAAUCGAUGGCUAGGAACGGGCGUAGAUGACGGUUCAACCGAACGUUUAGUAGUCGCAGCGAGAAUUCGUGGAGAACGUUCGCCUCGCACGCCAGCUCUCUCGACGCUUGCCCCAGCGCUCUCACCAACUACUACUCACCUCUCUACUUCGACUAUACAGCAUAUGAUCGGUGAUUGCGUCAACGCAAUAGUAAAAUGGCACUAUCAAUCGAAACGCGAGAAAGAUGCCAACUCUCUAAGUGUUUUGCUAUGCGGCGAAAACGGACUCGUCAAAUGUUUAGAGCAAGCCUUCCUCUGCGGAUUUAAGUCAGCUCGGCUUUUCGGCAAAAAUCUCUUUAUCUGGGAUUACUUCGCGAGAGUUAAGGACGAAUUCAAAAUGAGCCUAUGCGAUGAAACAAACUCGCAGACGAACAAGAGUUGUGGCGUGGCGUACAACUGCCGACAGGACCAAGAGCACCGAGCUAUCUGGCGCUGCUAUUGCCAUCUAAUGGACGAAAUCAACUCCGUGGGUCGUACGCUCGGAAAAGAUGGAAAAUUUCAGCUGUUCAUCUGCCUCAGUCUACGAGAGCACUGGCUGCACAGAAUGCUGGUACCGAUGUCAUUGACCCGCGUCACCGCCGAGAUGUAUGAAGAGCAAAGCUUCUUGCGAAAGCGAGGUCUUCUAACUUUCCUUAGACAGAUACUCGAACCUUUGGAUGAAUUUGAUAUUGUACUUGAAAAUUCUCUAACUCAAGGCAUUUAA